CCCCAUGGCCAAGCAGCUCGGCCGGGACCAGCAGGGCAUCACCCUGCGGGGCAGCGCCGAGAUCGUCGCCGAGUUUUUCUCCUAUGGGAUCAACAGCAUCCUCUACCAGCGGGGCAUCUACCCCCCCGAGACCUUCACCCGCGUCCAGAAGUACGGGCUCACCCUCCUCGUCACCACCGACCCCGAGCUGAAGAACUACCUCAACAACGUGGUGGAGCAGAUGAAAGAGUGGCUGUACAAGUGCAUUGUGCAGCGCCUGGUGGUGGUCAUCUCAAGUAUCGAAAACAAUGAGGUUCUGGAGCGGUGGCAGUUUGACAUAGAGUGUGACAAAACUGCAAAGGAUGAGAGUGCACCACGAGAAAAGUCUCAGAAAGCUAUUCAGGAUGAAAUUCGAUCUGUUAUCAGACAAAUAACUGCCACAGUAACUUUUCUGCCACUGUUGGAAACUGCCUGUGCCUUUGACUUGCUGAUAUACACAGAUAAAGAUUUGGCAGUGCCAGAAAAGUGGGAAGAGUCAGGACCACAAUUCAUAGCCAAUUCAGAAGAGGUUCGUCUUCGUUCCUUCACUACUACAAUCCACAAAGUAAAUAGUAUGGUGGCUUACAAAAAGGAUUCCUUUCCCUGA